CAGUUACCCUUUUCGUUAUAAAUUACCCCAGGAGGUUCGCCGGGUGCGGGACUCUCUCCAUGUCCCCCCUGACAUGGCAAAGUGGAGGGUGUUUUUUCUUCUACUACUUGGCGUGACUUCCACUCGCAGCUUCCGUUUCUUGCCGGUUAGAUCCCCAUCAUCUCCUGCGCUCCUUCCGUCUUGCUGGGCGAUCGCAUUAUCGCGAACGACUUUAACGCCUCUUUACUCAGACGCUUUCUUCAAUUUUGAAGGCCUUCAGAAGCGACUGAAUUUGACGCAUUUCGAUGAUUCUUCUCAGCAUAGCCCUCCUCCACUGCGCCCCAAUCCACAAGAAGAUUUCGUAAAUCGACCUGAUUUAGUUAAGGCGCGGGAAAUUGCUGAUAAACUCGCCCCGGAGUUCUCGUCGCACGACAAGUAUCCGACAGUUGUCAUCUAUUUUCAUGUAGCAGCACACCACCUGCAAAGCUGGCGAGAGGCUCUAUUUUAUUUCAUUAUAGCACAGAAGCAGAUAGAAAGAGAUGAGGAGGUAUUUUGGGAAGCGUUCCAGCACGUAGGGCUUCCACCCGAAGUCAAAGACAUCAAUUAUUUAAGUAGGCAAGCAGGGCGUGUUCCCUCCCGUUCCCGCCUGGCGUUAUGCGGGACAUUUGCGAACACGAAGGCAGAAGAGCGGGCAAAGCACGCGCUUUCUCAAUGGCGAUCUGAUCUCAAUGCCCGUUUGAUGGCUUAUCGCUUACAAGGCGACGAUGUAAGAGAUGCUGUGGAGGUCAUGCCCAUGAGUCAAGCUGUUUACCGACGUAUACGGCCUUCAGGACCCCCGACGCAGCCAUCGCAAAUCACUUCCUGUUCGAUUUCACCAGAGUCGACAUUUCUCCUUUCCUUUUUACAAGCAAGUUGGUCCUCUGAGCGCAAGAUCCGUCGGCAUUUGGAUCGUCUAGAUAAGUAUCUGGACGAAGUGACAGGGUCUGCUUCUACGCGCGGAGGACCGGCUGAGCGCGCUGAAUUGUACAUUGAUCCCUCCUACCCGAGCGCACAUCGGAUUUGGCAUCAGUUCUCAGACAGUAACGCUAUGGUGGCAUGCUUAAGGAAAGACUACGCAAAUUUCUUAGAGGGUGGCGCUAAAUUUCGAGCACGCGUUAAUCAUGUUGAGCAGGUUUUUGCGCCGGUUGGAUGCGCAAUCUCCCAAAAAAUGUUUCCACCUACCUUAUCAAGACGGCUUUCAUCCUCCUGCUACAUGCCCUUGGUGGGUUAUGGAACGCGGGUCUACCGGGGGCGCGAGCGAGAAGGGACGUUGACGUUGCUCGACGCUGUCCGCACGGCCUUGCGCGCGGGAUGCCGACUGCUCGACUGCAGCCCAGAUUACGGUACUCAGCCUGAAGUCGGAGAAGCAUUGCGUCAAAUGUUUAAAGCGCAUGAGACACAACGCGAGCGGCUCUUCAUAGUGAGCAGUCUGAGCAUUGAAGUAGCGAUGAACCAUGGUGAUGUGUCCGAGGUCAGUACGCAUGUGAACGAGUCAAUCCAGCAGCUACAUUGCGACUAUCUCGAUCUACUUCUACUACCGUACAUCAUAGACAAACAAAGACAUAUUGCUGCAUGGAAAGCUAUGGAAGUGUUGCUGAGUGAAGGUGUGGUGCGACACAUAGGCGUCGGAGGCUUUCCCCUGUCUUCAUUGAAAGCUCUAUGCGAGGAUCCCACUUUGACAUGGCAACCCGCGGUUUGUCAGCUAGAGCAUCACCCUUUUUAUCGUCCCGAUUCUUUGGUAGAGUUCUGCGGGGAGCGUCACAUCCAAUUACUGGCGAACACCCCACUUGGCCGACCAGCACUCUCUCGGCCACCGGGCCAAAAUCCUCUGAAGGAGCCUUUGAUUGAAAUGUCGUCUACAGCGCUUGAAUGUAGCCCUGCACAAAUUGCUCUGCGAUGGGCAGUGCAGCAAGGUGUGGCUGUUAUCCCGAACUCUCUGUGUCGCACUCAUAUUCUAGAAAAUUCUGAUCUGCAUUCUUUCACGUUAGCUCCUUUUCGAAUAGAAGUGCUGCACGAAAUGGCAGCAGUUCGUAACAUGAGCUUUACUGACGGUUCUUCUGUCCGGAAGGGAGAAGAGAGAGCGCCUUAUACGUUAGAAGAAAUAAGGGCCCAUGGAUUUGUCUAUGAUGAUGGCGGUACCUUGAUCGCACCGGGAAACCCAUAUGAGUAUUUGCAGCUCACAAUCGAUGUGUUCGAACGAUUGGACUUAAGCGAUGUUCCGGAACUGGCUUUAGCGCCCCGAGAGAUAGACGGGGCAUUCCCAGGCAUGGAUGUUGAGCCGAUUGAGUGCGAUGAAGAGAUCACGAACGAGCAACCAUGAAAAUAAAGAGUUUGCGAACGAACGAUGUUACAUGCAAAUA